AUGGCUGAAUUGCAACCUGCUCCUAACUUGAAGAUCGGCCUCACAGCAGCCGCACGAUCUCUCCGCUGGCAAAGUGUGCUGCGAACACUGAGUGAGAUUCGCUUGCUUGGCAAACUUGAUGCAAUCACAUGCAGUCUGGCGGUGAGCUGCUGUGCACGGGCCGAAGAGUGGACAAAGGCUUUGCAGACUCUUCAAUCGUCCACUCACAUUGCAAAGCUUCGGCCCGACACGGUGCUUUUCAAUUCUGUCCUGCCUUGUUUCAGAGGUAACUGGAAAUGUGCCUUCGAGAUGCAGCGGACCAUGCAAACUGCGCGUUUGCAGCAUGAUGCAGCAACUUGCAAUGGCAACCUAGCUGGGUGCCGGAAGCAGCAGGCGUGGAGACAGGCAGUUAGUCUGUUGGCAUGCUCUCUCAUGGUCGGAAUUCAGCUGGACAUUGUUCCUUGGAAUGUUGUCAUCAGCGCACUCGAAUUGGACAUGUGGCCCCGUGCGAUUCUCUUGCUUCUGCACACACACACCACAUCCGUGCAGCCUGACCUUCUGACGUACAAUUCGGCGGUGACUGCAUGCGAGAAGACGUGGGAGUAUGCCUUAACAGUCCAUAGCACCAGCUGCAGCAGCGGGUCACUCCCAGAUUCGAUCGGUUUUGGUGCAAUUAUCAACGCAUGUGAGAAGGGCAUGCAGUGGGAAGCAGCUAUCGUGUGUCUCCGAAUGAUGCACGAGGAUCGUUUGUCCAACGGAGUGGCCUAUUCAGCAGCGGUGCACGCUUGCGAGCGCUGCGCGCAGUGGGAGCUCGCUCUGUUGCUGCUGGAUGAUCUCAUGCAAUCUGAAAUCAAGGAUCCCUAUGCACUUUUCUUUGCUCCUCCUUUCCCGAGCUAUAGCUCAUGGGGCUCUGUUUUUUUUGUCGAUGUGAACGUGUGA